AUGCUCACAAGAACUGGACGACAGAAACUAUCGGAAACUUUCAAACUCAAACCGCCCUGGGACGAUGUCUCAGACGUCUUCGAAAUUGACAAGCAAUUCUUUUUUGUUAGCCUCAUAGAACAAUUUGCGGGUGCCGUUCAAUACAGUGGGGACAAUACAAGGGGAUACGCGUUCGGUCAUGGCAUUCCGGAUAUGUGCGCAAUCAUGGCCAAACCAGGAACGCCACUUUCGAAUAUCGCCAAGUUUAACGAAAACAUGACAAUUUUCUACCAGGGAGGUGGUCAAUUCAACUACACAUUCAAUAGCUAUGGGGCUUUCAUAAAUGCUCUAAGGGAAUCAGUAAACUACAAAGGUAAGGCUAUUUAUCUCUUCAUAGGGAGUGUGUAG